AUGCUCGGCUAUCUAUCUCGGUCUGCUCAUUUUCUAUUCACAUAUAAUUAUUUUCACAGAUAUCUAACGCAGUCGUUAAAUAUCUUGGUUUUUGCUCUUAUCUAUCUAUCUAUCUAUCUAUCUCGUCCUGCACCACUCGUGUUAGCUGUUGUCAACUGUCUCGCCACUCGACUGCAUGCCCGAAACAAACGGCACAUUUCUAAGCUGAAUGCAUAUCUCGAAACGUUUUCUUUAUUUCUAUCUUGUUUUAUUUUUUCUUUUUUUUAUCUCCUAAUGUCUUUUACCUUUUCAUUUCUCUUUCUUUCUUUCUUUCUUUCUUUCUUUUUUUUCUUUCUUUCUUUCUCACCUAAGUCUGUUAAUAUCUUUCUUGUUUUACAUCAUUUCUUUGUUUGUUUCUUUCUUUUGUUUCUUUUUGUUUCUUUCUUUCCUACCUCAAUUCAUUUCAUUUUUUUUGACACACCAUUUCUUUCUUUCUUUCUUUCUUUCUUUCUUUCUUUCUUCAGUUUGUUAAUAGCUUGUUUUUGUUUUUUUUACUUUAGAUUAAUUUUAUUUUUUCCCGAGAAACCACUUUUCUUUCCUUUUACUUUCUUUAUUUCUUUCUUAUGUUAA